AUGUCCACUGUAAUUGCGGGUGUAGGAUUUUUCACAGCCCUCUGUAUCACAGUCAUUGCUCAUUGUGAGGAUCCUGAGCUCGCAGUUGUACAUGAGUGGGCAGAUACUGUCGCAUUCGCUGCUGGAUUAUUAUAUGCAUGGGCACAGGCGGUACUCACUUGGUCUUUGGUACCUCGAAUGUGCACUCUACGAGUGUGUGUUUUCAGAUUCAUGAUAGUUCUUGUAGAGAGUGUUGCUUUCGUUUUUUAUCGAUUUGUUAAAGACGAUGAAAAGUUAUCCCCUCCAUGGCUAUUGGAAGCCAGUCUAUGGAUUAUAGCAAUAUGUUUUCAUAUCUUCAUCAUCACUUUUUUUAUUGAACUGAGGUUUUCGUAUCUACACUCCCCAAAAGUCGCUUUCGUUCGAGCAGAAGAAACAGAUAGAGUACCAAUUUUACAGAGAAACGAGGAGGAUGAGAUGAAUAAUGACAGUUAA